UGAAAAUAGGAUAUGGCGUAGAUCAAAGGAAGAUGAAAUGAUUUUGCUAAUUGAAUACUAAUAUAAUGACGUGUAUGAGUCGUAAGUUUGACGAUGGCUUGUAUUGAAGAUAACUGUUUAAAAGUCUGAACGAUAUGCUCUAUUUUUCUUUAAAAUUCAUCCCUUAGAAUAGAGUAUUUAUUGCAGAAUUCUCCCAAAACAAUUCGGUUAUUCGCUCGAUUUCCAUGAGGCGGUAGUUGAAUCAGCCUUCGUCCUCAUCAACUAUCGCCUCAUAGAAAUCUCGAGGUCAUAAUCUAAUUUUUAAUUAUCAUGAUUUGCUGAAAUAUUCUUGACGCUUCGGAGUGGAGGGGGGAAUUUAAUAAAGCCCCCGCUUUAAAUAGGGUCACCUGAUAAAUUGUCAACAUAAGUGGGGGCCAUAAAUUUCAAUUCCUCAAACAAAGCAAGUGGUAUUAAUAUAAUUAUUAGUAGUAACAUAACCAUUUUUUUCUUUUUUUUUUUUUACCUAGCAUGUGAAGUAGCUUUGCCAAAGCGCUUCAGAGCGGCGCGGGAAUUUAAAUUAGCCUUGAAACGCAUUCAUAUGACAUUUUAUUACUCAUGAUCAACUUAACGUAACGUAACUUCAUAUAACUUAGUCAGUUUUAUAUUCUUUUAUCAAAGACAAUGAGGCGUUUUGUUUUCUUCAUGAUAACUUGGGCGUUGGCGGCAUCAGUCCCUCGUCACAAUGAAGCUCAGGAAGGAAACCAAGAAAAAGACCCUGAAGAUUUUGAAAGUUCAGGGGACUUUGCCAUAAAGAGUUUCCAGUUUCUUGAGGAAAACCUGCUGGAAGAAACCCUCAACUGUGAAUACGGUAAACCAAGUUGUGAAUGCGCUGCAGAUGCAGAUGUUUGCAGAUUUAACCUUGAAAUUGACGAAAUUCGAACCUUCACCAGCUAUCAAAAGUUAUCGCUGGAUGAACCUACAGGAAUUGCUAUGCGAGGAGCCCUGGGAGUCAUCUACUAUUUCGGUGAAGAUGGGACACCUACUCCACUGCAGACUAAUAGGGAAUGUUCGAGUCUGUCCAACGUUAACUGCACCAAUCCCCAGUUUGUAGAUGGCAAAACGUACCGUUUGGCGAUAGCUGUCAAUGGACAGAUUCCGGGACCUACCUUGAUAGUUCACGAAGGGCAAGAGGUUGAAAUUCAUGUUCACAACAAUCUUACCUCCGAGGGUAUUUCAAUACACUGGCAUGGGAUGCACCAGAAAGGAACACCUUGGAUGGAUGGUGUAGGGCACGUCACUCAAUGUCCGAUAGGACCUCAAUCGAGCUUUUCAUACAGGUAUAUUGCUAGUCCUUCAGGAACGUUUUGGUACCAUUCUCACAGUGGCGCACAAAGAACAGAUGGCUUCUAUGGUGCACUAAUAGUUAAAGAAACACCUGAAAGAAUGGAUAAAAUCCAAAUUGAACUCGAAGCGCAUGGUGUCGAUGAUGAAUUUGAAGACCUUCCAGAUCAGCACACGUUAUCGUUUCUAGACUGGCAACAGGAGGCAUCUUUGGACCUGUUCUCACAGAUCCACGCUGGCUUGGGCUUUUAUCCAGACAAACCGCUUGGUGAGGUGCCUACUGCUGAAGAUGAUGCGUAUACUAUCACACGUGGUUUUGAAGGAGCAGGGGUUGGGCCAUUCCCGUACUUUUCUGGAAUUAUAAAUGGGAAAGGCAGGCAUGCUGAUGUUCCAUAUAUCAAAACAAGACUGAGUAUAUUUACUGUUGAAGAGGGAAAGACAUAUCGCUUUCGGCUGGUUGGAGCCCAAGGAGAUUUUGCUUACAGAUUCUCCAUUGAUGGCCAUAAACUUACCGUUGUGGGUACUGACGGCUAUUGGCUUGAGCCUGUAAAAGACGUCGAUUACAUCAUCAUUCAUACAGGAGAAAGGUAUGACUUUCUACUUAGUGCAACCAAUACAGAUGGAUUGAGUGACUACUGGAUGCGUGCCGAGACUCUGGAGGUUAAUACACGUGGGUCUCGACCACCCUACCAGUCAUUAGGAAAUGUGGCAGAGGCUGUUUUGCACUACAAGCAGCCGGAAGACUCGGAUGAUCCGGAUGUUAAUGUACCGUCAUCAAAAUAUGAAGAGAUCAAAGAAAACUCUCCUCCCAUAGAGUGCACCGAAGCCAACCCAUGCAAAGCAGUGAACUGCCCGUUUCUGGACUUUCAUUCAUCAUAUAGCAUCACCUGUGUUAAUGUCCAGGACCUACGCUUACUUGAGCCAACUCCACCUGAUGAGCUUCCAAAUGCAAACCCUAAAGACCCUGAGGAGUGUCCAGGUUGCAGACAUUUCAUCAACUUCAAUUUUGAGGGUGAAUCUUCAACUAGUUCACUGAACGGGCGCAAUUUCAUCUUUCCUUCCUUUCCUCCCCAAACCCAAUAUUAUGAGUUUGAAAGAAAGGACACAAAGUGUGACCUUACGGCUGACUGUAAUCCAUAUACAACCGCGUGCACAUGUGUUCAUGUCAUAGACAUUCCACAUGACGAAACUGUUCAAAUGGUGUUUUCAUCAAUUGGUCUAGUCGGCAGCGCCCAUCCAAUUCAUCUCCAUGGCCACACAUUCCAUGUUGUUCAUGUUGGAUAUCCAGAAUAUGACAACACGACUGGUUUUGUUGGAAACCACAACAGUGAUAUCUACUGCGAUGAUGUCGACUGUACUACAGAAGGCUGCGUUCCAGGGAGAUGUACCAGACCAAGUUGGGCAGAACCAAUGGAAUUUUAUAUUGAUGAGAAAACGGUCAGAAAGGACACAGUUAUGGUUCCUGCUGGUGGGUACGUGGUCAUCAAUUUAAUAUCUGAUAAUCCUGGUUGGUGGUUGCUCCACUGCCACAUUGAAAUACAUCAGCUCCAGGGAAUGGCAAUGAUUGUCAAUGAGAUUUCUGAUAAGCCGCUUCGACCACCCAUAGGGAUGAACAAGUGUGGAGACUUUGAGAUAAGUCUCAAAAGAUUUCGCUCGUACACCUCGAGGGUGAAGUAUUAACUAAAAAAGAGAAGGUAUUACUAUUUUUAGCAGCUUUUGGAAUCCAGCAAAACUAUUAACUAGAAAACAUCCCGUGAGAAAGCUGUCCGGUACUUUUAUUUAACAAUUAGAUUAUGGGUUAGGGAUUUCUAUAUGGUGAUUGUACAGUCCAGUGAGCAAAUCAAACCUCUAACCAAAUUCAUGUAGCCGUGCUAGAGGGUCACAAUUCGUUUUGGUUCUACUUUUGCUUGGAUGGCAAAGUGGUGCGAGGUUUUUGGCACCAAUCGCUAAACGUAGUAAUGCAAAACUAAGACAAAUGGGAAUUAUUUUCGACACGCAAGUGAAAACCGCUCUAAACGGUAAAACCACAAUCCUAAACAUACUAACGAAGCAGUAGGUUUCUAUUCGAUUUAGAUUAAGCAUUUUAGACUACACCUAGUUAUUCCAGUUACUCAGUAAGUAUAGUAUUUUGAUAAGAAUGGUUAAAACGAUCUGUAAUUUUUGGUCAUUAAGUUCAUUGUCACUUGGUCGUUGAGUCUAUAACCUUGUGUAUGGACAUUUGCUGCAGUGUUCUCGAUUAAAAGGCAUUGCAAUACAUACUACAUACUCAUUCUUAUCAAAAUACUACAAAGUAAUAUCCACGGAGGUUUUUAACUUCAAACAUUUUAGGUUUAAAUUGGCGCGCCUUUGGAGUUAUUUUAACUCUUACAGAACUCCCAAACUGGACAAAAAUAAAGCAAAUACCCUGAAAGUUCAAAAUAACUCUUCCUUAUGGAUAAUUUUCAACCCUAAAAUUCAAUUAAAAAAGCUUUGGUUAAUUUAGCUCCUUAACAGAAUGGCGUUUACUCACAGGCGAUUCCGAAAAUCAUUGGAAACGUAUACCAUUGUUCAGAUCCCAAAAAGGGAUUUCUUUGGGAAAAAUAUAUAUAUUUUCGCGGCUAGACUUUGGAUAAAUCACUUUGGAUUUUAAAUUAAUUUGGAUUUUACUCAAAUCUGGGAAGAAAUGGGAAAUUAUUUUCCCGUUCUGUGAAAAUGUUGGGCAAAAAGCAAGACCGUUUAAUUUUGUCCUUCAAACAAUUCAAAAUUGUUACUUUGGGAAAAUAUUGGGAAAUGUUUAAACUUUAUUCCAAUCUUCACAAAUUUAUUUGUGAUUGGGAAAUGAUUUUCUGACACUGGGAAAUUAUUGGUAACCUAAUUUGGAAAAUUAUGGGUUUAGGGAAGGAAAUUUGGGAGUUAUUGUUUUGGGAAAAACGUUGGGAAUUCUUAAACAAGUUCCGCUUUUUCUCAAAUUUAUGAGUAUGGGACAUUGUUUCCUAGCACUGGGAAAAUUGGUAAGCCCACAUUUUGAUAAUUUAUUAGAUUUUUUUCCAAAUCUUGGAAAGGGAAGGGGCAUUUUCCCGUAUCAUGUACAACUGUGGUUAAAAUUAGGAAAUGUAACUGUGACAAGACAAUAAUCACAAUUUUUUGAGCAAUUAUAGUACAGUUUAAUUUUGUGGUCAGUUACCGCACUGUGUCACACAGAAACAUUUCGCCUGUCCUCCGCCAAAUGACACAGGCCAGUAUAGAAGACAUAAUAACCAGUACAUUUAGUAGACAUGAGGGUAUUAUUGUAUGUGUUAUUAGAAUGGAAUUUACAUCAACAAAUACAGGUGGGAUAAAAACGACAUGUGUGGUACGUGUUUAUUUCCAAUUAUAUUUCUCAAACUCAUUAAUGAUUCAUCAAGUUUAAACUUUAGAAGAUCUGAAAUUGAUCUUAUACCUUGCGUGUUUUAAGAGCCGUUCUAAAUAAAUGUUUAACUGUUGACAGCAGUUAAUUGAAAACAUUUUACUGAAGCUCAGUCUACAAUUGCCAAGACUUUGAAAGCAUUGGACUUGAAAACAGCGCAUGCCCAGCUACAUUUGUCUAGCGUAGGAUUCGUAACAUUUACCGAUCGACCAAAAUUCUUCGAUCGAGAACAACUGAAAAUCUGUGCCCGCGAGGAAAUUUUAAGAACGGAAGACCAGCCAGAAGAGUUCCAAUCUAAGAAAAGAACGCUUAUUGACUACGGACUAACAACGACUAAUUCCGAAAGUCAAUGUGAAGGCUAAAGUUAGAAACAAAAUAGGGAAAAAGACGACGAAGUAGAGUGUGAUGGCACAUCAAUGACCUGGCAGGGCGUCUUAGACUUAUGCUAAAAUUUUUCGCAACCACUUGAAAAGGCCGAUGGAAUAUUCACGGAUAUACUCUCGGUAUUUCUCGUGUAUUUCUCAAUGUGAUUCACACAGAAUAACCUCGUAGGUUUUAAUCAAGUUUAAAAAUAUAAUGUAAAAAUGAUUUCCCUUCUUUAGUACGAAACUCUUUCCCUAAGAAAACGUCUCAAAGACAACCAACACUGCCGGAGCGUUUUCAACUAGACUUGCCACAAGUCGACCUUUUCUUAAUCCUUGACUUACUUAUCUCCCUCGAGCGAAGAGAGAGGGUAAUCUUCGCGAUUAAGUCAGGAUCGAGGGCGAGCGCGAGCGACUUAGUUCGCGAGAGGUCUAUUUGUUUCACCUGCAGGAAUGUGAAUUAAUGUGUAAAUUUUUGGCGCGAAAAACGCGAUUGACAUUUCUCACUUUUCAUGUGCUCCACGCGCGAUCGUCGCGAAAGCAGAAAAUGAUUUCCAUCAAAACGUUUACGAGUACUGUUCCCUAACUCAAAUGAAUUUAUUUGUGUAAAUAUAUACAGUGCAGUAUGUAGUCAGCAAUAUAGACAAACGUUAGAAGCUGUUCCAUUGAGUAACGCCUCCUGAAAAGUCAAAACUGUGUUUAAACCGAUCGGGAAUUGUUUGUUUUAGUCUAGAUUGGUCGUCUAGAUUAGAGAAUAACCAGUGAUCGACCAGAGAGGUGCCUGACAAACGCUAUAAACUUAUGUAGAUCUAGCUUGUACCGACAAGAAUCCGAAUUAACUAAAGAUGACGGAAUUAGUCUGGGAAAACUUCAGUUAAUUCUGUAAAGCUCUCUUGAUUAAAUAACGUUGAGAAUCGAAGUCGCAACCAGCGGCAGAGUAUAAAAUCGCUGUUCCCAAAAGUCCUUCAUCGAUCGACCACUGCUUUCAACACGGUAAAGUCGAUAAAACGGCCGAUGCAAAUUUGCUGAGAUUCCCCUUCUUUGUAGAGAAGUUACUUGGUCAUUCAUUUAAAUCAACUAAAAGUGCAACAAUUACACAAACUGCAGGAACGGUUCUGUUCCUCUUUGAAAGGUCCAAACUUAAUUCUCGGAAAUGAUCCACAUCAUCCAGGAGCUCAGACCGCGGCCGUAAUUAAACAAACACGUAUUGGCCGGAUAUGUAGCCUUCCACUGCUUUUCCCUGUCCUUCUUUCAAAGACUUAAAAUUAAGUUGCACAAACCAUAUUCAAUUGCUACCAUAAAAUCCAUAUUCUUAAGUAUAUCCGAUAACAAAAGCUAAAUGAAAAAGAUUUUUUGUCGUUGAUCGCGCGCAAAGUCAUGACUUAUAGUCAGUACUUGUUUGAUCAUUUGUUGAUGUGUAUUUACGUCACCGGUGGAAAAAUCCACCGGUAAAAUUUGGCGCGCUGCAAGUGGGAAAAGUCCUUUCCAACGGCGAAACUAUUAUUGGAAAGGACUUCUAGAAAGUCUACACUGCGGUGCAAAUUACCGCGCACGCGUUCGCAAUUUUCUCAGUGAUAUGAUAAAUGAGUAAUCGUAUGAAAGCUUAAGCAAUUAAGUAUUCACACUACCCGUGGUAUUUGAAAAUUCUUCUAUAUUACACUAGCCUAAAGCCUCGUGCAAUUUUGAGCGAAUUUUCAAAUAUCACUCGUAGUGUAAAUACUUUAUUGCACUCGCGUUCAUACGAUUACCUUUACUUGUAAAACGAAUCAUCAAUUGGAGUCAUUUUAAUGCGCACGUACAAAAACAGUAUUUGAUUUUAAUUGGUGAACCUCGCCCCUGCC